UUAAAAGCGGUUAUCGUGUAUGUAGAAAAAUUUUGUUAAUUGAAUAACACCAGAUGAGGACGCUCUCUUUCGAGAACCUCAGGAGGCUCGUCGGCCGUAGGAAGGAUCGGGACGAGCCAUCCUUCGAGCGGAGUGAGUCCUUCAAGCGCAUCUCUAUAAGGAAAAGUUAUCUGGAUCGUGGUAAAAGACGUACAAGACUACAGAAGGCUAAUGAUACAUCUGAUACUAUCACUGCUGCUUCAGUGGUAACAAUUGAAGUGUCUUCACGAACCAGAACAAAAAAUAUUGUAGGCCCAACUAUUAUUCAGGUUCACGGUGGUGAUAAUGUAUCUGAAGAAUUUGAUUUGGAUGAGAAAAACGAGAAAAAAAUCACUCGCGAUGGCGUUGAAAUUAUUGGGAUGAACGAAGUAGUAGAAGAGGAAGACGAUGAAGAUGAAAAAAAAGUAAAGAGAGAUACACCUGCAGGAACAAUCGUAUAUGGCCAAUGGUUGAAUGAUGUUGAUUCUUCAUACUCAUCUAGAGAUACAAAAUCCAGAAUAGACUCUUACUCAUCUCAAGAUUCCAAAUUUAACCUUGACUCUUCUAAGGAAAAGAUUUAUAUUUCACAAGAAAAUCGGCCAUUUACAAAGCGAAAUAUAGUACUACCACCUAUACAAAAUCUGAUUGAUAAUGACGAUAAUCGAAGAGUUUCGUCGGUACUUAUAGAACUCGAUAAAUCACCUCAUUUUCCAAGAUCGCAAUCUAGAAUAUUGCAAAGAGGUGAGAUGGAAAAUGUUCAAAUGAUUGUAAACAAUAAAGCCAGAAACAUUUCUAAUGAUUGUAAGUCCGGUAGUGUUACUACGGUAAAUGUUCGUUCAGAUAUUUGGAAAGAUUCUUCAUUUUUAGCAAAAAACAGCAAAUCUCUUAUAUCUUUAAAUCAAGGCAUUGGAAUUAAUUUCGAUGAUAAAUAUAAGGGAAGAUCUGCCAUUGCCAAAACUGUUUCGGCGCCAGAGAAACCAGUUACCAUUAAAAAAGAAACAAAUACAAGAACUUCAGGAUUUAGUUUAUCUCUUUCUUUCUCUAGGUUAACAACGGAUAUACGAGCAGCAGCUCUAACUACUAAAAAUGGGCUAUUUAGAAGGCAUAAAAGAACGUCGCCUAUGAAGCCAGCUCCGAGUGUUAGUGCUGAAGGAUAUUUUGAACGAACAGCUGCUGCAGCUUCAUCUACCCGAAAAUCUCGAAGAAGCUCUGUGGGUAGUGGUAGACGAAGAGCAACAUACGCCUCUAGAAGACGAAAAAUUACUAUGAGUAAGCCUGGAACAAUAUUGGAUACUCCUGUUUGGUUUGUGCCACCAGAAAGACGGAGGUCCAAUCGUCAACGUGGCAGAGUUUGGAGAGAGGUUAGAUGUUUACCGCAAGAAGACGGAAAAUCUGAUGGAGAUAAUGUUGAUAGUAGAAGUAAUGAUUGGUCAAAUGAUUCGAACCUUUCGGAUGAAUUUGAUGACAAAAAACUUCUACUAUCAGGAGACUUUGAAGAAAAAUCAGAAGAAAAACAGAAUCCUAAAAAAAUGGACACUGGAUCUACUCUCGAUUCCUCAUCUUUAUUGUCAAGUGCGGUGAGUUUAGCAUCUUUGAAACCAAAAAUAAGUGACUUCAAUGAAGAUAAGAUUUUUUACGAAGAAUAUCGCGGUGAAAAGUCGAAAGACAGUAGCUUAACGAAAAGUAAUUUCUUUGCGAGUAGCCAAUUUCUAGGUUUUGUGGCGAAAAGUAAUGCCGAGAAUGUGGUACACAAUUCACGAUAUGAUUGCACGUCAUCGAGUGAAAGCGAGCCUGAUGAACAGCGCCGAGUUUUAUUGGUUGUUGGUAGUAAUAAAAAGGAUGCAAAAGAUGCACUGAACCUGAACGUCACUGAAGCUAAAACAGUAAACGAAAGGAGAAAUUGCUCAGUUGUAUUGGUAGUUGAGGGUCAAAGAUCGUGUACCGCCAGCAGGCAGCAAGAGGUAGGGCCUGGCCAGAGAAGACGACCCCUGAGGAGAAGAUCGCAGUUGAGACGAGGCCCAGGAAUAGCAGGCAAUAAUGCCCGUGGACAGCCAGUUUAUCUAGCGAGAAGACGAUCCUCCCUCAGGAGAAGACCAUGCAGAGAUAUCACACAAAAAGGUUAUGAAAAAAAAAGGACGCGUUUGCUACAGCAGUAUGCGUCGAAACAGCUUGGCGGGAAUAAUGGAAAUGGCGGUGGUGGCGGCGGCAUUAUUGGUUUGGAAAGAACAAGUUUUGGCAGUGGCAGCGGCAGCGGCGGUGGCGGUGGCGGUGGAGGUGGCGUCAACGUCGGCGUCCGUCCGCAGCCACGCGCCCGACGUACUCAACGUCGCGUCACUCACUCUGAAAAGCGCUAUCAUUCAGGCGGACGCCUAGUACCUAGUGGAAUAGCCAGUCCUCCGGGAUCUGGCAGCUCCACGAGCAACAAGAAUAACACUGGCAACUCAAAUUUGGCAGCGACAAGACGUGGAAACCGCAGACUCACGCGCAAUGAAAGCCGCUAUCAUUCUGAAGUAAGGCAAGAGGCGGUGCAACAGGCGUUAGCAGCUAUGCAGAGUCGACCUAAACCUUCACUGCCAAUGCCCUCGAAGCGGACUUCGGUGAUGGCUCGCAGUCCCGAGCGCUCAGAACGUACAAACUCAGGUCUAACCGGACACACGGGCGGUGCCGGCGAAUCCAGUAGCGAUGAGGACAGCGUGGUCACGGAAGAAAGCCCUGGAGCGGGUGGUCCUAGUGGUACUGGGCUCUCGGACACAAGCAGUACCGGUUCCGCAAGGGACACGCCGCCGCCGCCGAGGCCGCCUGCCAGAAGGCCACCCGCUGAUAUUACUGACAUCGCCGAGUACACUCCCCAUGCCUACUGCAACCUCGUGCAGCCACCCGAUGUCACGCACACCAACACGCAAUCACGACGACCAGCAGGUGCAGAUCGGGUAAACCGAUAUCACGUAGUAGAAGAAAAUAAUACAGGAACGACGGGACGCUGGAAAGUCUCAGCAAAAAUCCAACAACUAUUAAAUACUCUGAAACGGCCAAAGCGCAGGCCACUGCCGGAGUUUUACGAAGAUGACGACAUUGAGCUAGAAAUUGCGGCGAAUCCAAAAGAUCCAAAUGCUCCUAAACCGGAAGGUGGCACUAUGACACCAGCCGUCGGCGAGCAGCUCUCCGUGCCUUCCGGUCUUCCUCGAUCCGUCGAAGCUUCCAUUCAAAGAUACGGUUCGGCGUCAUACAAAGCACCAGCAGCAACAGUCCUAGAUCCGAAUGGCAAGCUCUGUGUGACGCUGACAUAUGGGAAACUGCUAAGUCGCUCCUACAAAAUAGCAUAUACGCUGUUAAACAAGGCGUUAAGUAGAGUGGUAGGGGAGUGCUGCCUGAAGCCUGGUGACCGAAUCGCUCUCGUCUAUCCAAACGAUGAUCCCAUCAACUUUAUAUGCGCGUUUUACGGCUGCCUACAAGCGGGUAUCGUGCCGGUGCCCAUCGAGGUGCCACUCACGCGCCGCGACGCUGGGUCUCAGCAGAUCGGCUUCCUCCUCGGAAGUUGUGGCAUACAGGUUGCGUUGACGAGCGAGGCAUGUUUGAAGGGUCUUCCGAAAACUACUGCUGGUGAGGUCGUCGCAUUCAAGGGCUGGCCGAAGCUGCAUUGGUUCGUGACGGAGCACCUGGGUAAAACACCCAAGGAAUGGAUGCCACCAACGCGACUUACCGAUGAUACUCCAGCAUACAUAGAAUACACUACUGAUAGGGAUGGUUCAGUCAUGGGGGUUACAAUAACAAGAGCAGCGAUGCUCGCUCAUUGUCGCGCUCUUACACAAGCCUGUGGUUAUACCGAAGGCGAGAACGCCGUUUGUGUGCUUGAUUUUAAGCGUGAAGUUGGUCUGUGGCACAGUACUCUGACAAGUAUUCUGAACGGUAUGCACGUUAUCUUCAUUCCAUAUGCGCUUAUGAAGGUAAAUCCAGCGAGUUGGAUGCAGAUGAUAACAAAGCAUCGUGCUAGUGUGGCAGUCGUGAAGUCCCGGGAUUUGCACUGGGGCCUCCUAGCUACAAAGGAUCACAAGGACAUAUCGUUGUCCACAUUGAGACUUCUGCUGGUAGCUGAUGGAGCGAAUCCUUGGUCUUUGUCAUCAUGUGACCAGUUUCUCUCGGUCUUUCAAUCGAAGGGUCUCAGACCCGAUGCCGUUUGCCCGUGCGCCUCCUCUAGUGAGGCUCUGACUGUGUCGGUGAGAAGGCCCGGUAGAGCAGGAGUCAACGCUACUGGCAGGGGUGUUCUUAGCAUGUCUGGAUUAAGUUAUGGGGUUGUUAGAGUCGACCAGGAGAACUCACUAACAUCCCUUACACUACAGGACUGCGGGCAGGUCAUGCCUGGAAGCAUCGUAACAGUCAUAAAAAUGGAGGGACCGCCACUAAUUUGUAAAACAGACGAAGUCGGUGAAAUUUGUGUGCAUAGCGCAGCAACGGGCAGCCAGUACUGGGGCCUUCAAGGCCUUACAAAUAAUAACUUCAAAGUAUCACCAUUGCAAGCUGAAAAUCAACUGCUCGGUGAUGUUGAGUACGCACGGUCUGGUCUCCUAGGAUUUCUUGGACCCGGAAAUCUUGUCUUUGUCUGUGGAUCAAGAGAUGGACUCAUGACUGUUACCGGCAGAAAGCAUAAUGCCGAUGACAUCAUAGCAACUGUAUUGGCAGUUGAACCUAUGAAGUUUAUCUACAGGGGAAGAAUUGCAGUGUUUAGUGUGAGGGUAUUGAGAGACGAAAGAAUAUGCGUUGUUGCUGAGCAGCGACCAGAUUGUAGUGAGGAAGAGAGUUUCCAAUGGAUGUCACGAGUUUUGCAAGCAGUUGACUCCAUUCAUGCGGUUGGUAUCUACUGUCUGGCAUUAGUACCACCUAACUACCUUCCCAAAACACCUCUCGGUGGUAUCCAUCUCUCGGAGACUAAGAGACGCUUCCUUGAGGGCACGCUUCAUCCGGCUAACGUCUUACUUUGUCCGCAUACCUGUGUUACGAAUUUGCCAAAGCCACGUGAGAUUCAUUCGGCGGGGGAUUAUGUUCCAGACGUGGGUCCAGCCAGUGUCAUGGUGGGAAACAUUGUCCAGGGCAACAGGCUGGCUUCUGCGCAAGGUAGAGAUAUGGGUGUCCUCGAUGAGGACAGCGAUAAUGCCAAAAAGUAUCAGUUCAUUUCGGAGAUACUGCGGUGGCGCGCAGUUGGUACCUCGGAUCAUGUGAUAUUCACCUUGUUAAAUUCUAAGGGUGCGGUCGCAGCUUCACUGUCCUGUUCACAGCUCCAUAAGAAGGCCGAGCGUAUCGGCAAUCUACUGAUCGACCGUGCGAGGCUCAAUACCGGCGACCACGUGGCCCUUCUCUUUCCACCCGGAACUGACCUUAUAUGCGCCUUUUAUGGCUGUCUUUAUGUGGGCGCUGUCCCGGUAACGAUACGGCCACCACACCCCCAGAAUCUACAGACGACUUUGCCGACCGUGCGGAUGAUUGUCAAUGCCAGCGAAUCCGUCAUCAUUCUUACCAAUCAAAACAUUAUGAAAUUGCUUAAAUCUAAGGAGGCUAACAAUGUUGUCGAAGUAAAGAGCUGGCCAGUAAUAUUUGACAUGGAUGACAUGCCAAAGAAGAGGGUUCCAGUUUUUUAUCGAGCUCCGACUGCGGAGAUGCUUGCCUAUUUGGACUUCAGUGUGUCAACGACGGGUAUGCUUGCGGGUAUAAAGAUGUCUCACGCGGCCGUCACUUCCUUAUGCCGAGCGAUGAAACUCGCGUGCGAGCUGUAUCCAUCUCGGCACAUAGCACUUUGCUUGGAUCCCUACUCAGGAUUAGGAUUUGCAUUGUGGUGCCUCAGCAGUAUAUACAGUGGUCAUCAUUCGAUACUUAUACCUCCAUCAGAGGUUGAAGCAAAUCCAGCACUUUGGCUAUCCGCCGUAAGUCACUCAAGAGUACGCGAUACUUUUUGCUCUUACGGUGUAAUGGAACUUUGUACAAAGGGUCUUGGAUCAUCGGUCCAUGCCUUAAAAGCGCGAGGUGUAAGCCUGGCGUGUGUAAGGACCUGUGUUGUUGUUGCUGAGGAAAGACCAAGGAUAGCACUAACAACAAGUUUUAGUAAACUCUUUUCCGCUCUUGGAUUGAGUCCUCGAGCGGUCUCCACUUCAUUCGGUUGCAGAGUCAAUACAGCCAUAUGUUUACAGGGUGCUUCGAGUCCCGAGCCAUCGACGGUUUACGUGGACUUACGAGCGUUGCGUAACGACCGUGUUUCUCUGGUAGAACGAGGAUCACCACACUCGCUUUGCCUCAUGGAAUCUGGAAAGCUACUGCCAGGCGUAAAAGUAAUAAUUGCCAAUCCUGAGACGAAGGGUCAAUGUGGUGAUUCACAUCUCGGGGAGAUUUGGGUGCAAUCUUCGCACAAUGCCAGCGGAUACUUCAGUAUAUAUGGCGACGAGAGUGAUUACGCGGACCACUUUAAUGCACGUCUUGUGACUGGAAACACUAAUGAAGUAUACGCGCGCACUGGAUACCUUGGCUUCUUACGACGCACUGAAAAUGUACAACAGAGUGGUGGACCUGGCGACGUCCCGGGAGAUAACGGUUCGAUAUCAGAGGCUGAUGUUGCACCUGGAGAUUCAGAACUCCACGACGCCGUUUUUGUUGUUGGUGCGCUCGAUGAGGCAAUACUUCUCAGAGGCAUGAGAUAUCAUCCAAUCGAUAUCGAGAAUAGUGUUAUGAGGUGUCAUAAGAAAAUUGCAGAAUGUGCUGUAUUUACGUGGACGAAUUUACUGGUGGUCGUAGUGGAACUUGAUGGCAGUGAGAGCGAAGCACUCGACCUCGUUGCUCUCGUCACUAGUGCUGUCCUUGAAGAGCAUCAUCUUGUCGUUGGUGUAGUUGUUGUUGUUGAUCCCGGAGUCGUGCCGAUAAAUUCACGAGGUGAAAAGCAACGCAUGCAUCUACGUGAUGGAUUUCUCGCCGAUCAGCUCGAUCCUAUUUACGUUGCAUACAACAUGUAAAUCGUAAUAAAUUUGCGUUUUUCUCUAGAAACAAAGAAUAGCGCAUAGAACAAUAAGUUUCGCAUAAAUUUUUCAUGUUCUAUGAAUUUUUUGUGACGUUUCCAUUGAUGGAAAUUCAUUAAUAGAUUAUAGUUUACCUUUUAUUUAUUUCGAAUGACUUACGUAAAAGCUACGUAAUAGAUGAAUCCAAGAAUACUUGUCUUUAUGAUUUUUUCGUGAUUUACUUAGCGCACAUGCAAGUAUAUUUUUACUUGCUAUUUGUU